AUGCCAGACCUCAGAGGAGACCCCUCGUCUUCCAGUAUUUGGCCAAAUUAUGGAGGGCCUAUCCACAUGUCACCUCGCAUGGAGUCUGGCCUCGCCCAUCCGCAUCCAGCAUCGCCACAUGGAGGAGUAAGGUCAAGGAGUGACCAAACCAACGUGGAAAACCAGGGCUACUCCUACAACCGAUACCCCGAGGACAACGACCCAUACGGCAGCCAGCCUUCGAUGGUGCAUCCCCAAGCGUCCUAUCAAGGCACGCUGAAACGACCAUUCUCACAGUCCGACGCUGGACAGAGCACAGAUGCUGCACAUGACGACGGCUCGAGAACUUCUGUGAACCAGGACAACAAGCUGCUGUCAUUCCGGCGCGGGCAGGACAAGUUGACCAUCACCGACCAGCGAGGACAUUUGCAGCAGCUCGACCUAUCAGCCCAGCUUCAUGGCAUGUUCUUCUUGUCGGAAAUGCCUUCCAACGCAGCCGACGGUCCCACGAUGCAGCCCGAACUGACCUGCUACCGACGAAACCUAUUCCAGAUCAGCGGGAGCCUUGUGACACCAAGGGGACCCCUGAACGUGAUCACCGAGUCGGGGGAGAGUGUUCUGGUUAGCAGUAUGGAGGUCACCAUCUCCGCCAUCGAAUCUGUGGACAACCACUCCGUGCGGCUCAUCGUGAUCCCAUGGAAGACUCCGCCGCCUAACUCUCCAGAGAUCGCACAAGGACCGGAUCAAGAACCUCCGGCACUGCCGCUCAUACCGUUCCAGGAGGACGGGACCGAGGCGGAUGGCGAGUUGGCGGUAUACCCGAUCGGCUGGCGGCGCCUCCAAUUUCGAAUAGCCACUGCAAACAAUGGACGCCGAAAGGAACUACAGCAGCAUUUCACACUCCAUCUCAAAGUACACGCAACCCUUGCAAACAACACAAAGGUGGUCCUGACAGAGUCUACGACGGCCCCUAUCGUAGUCAGGGGGCGAAGUCCCCGAAACUUCCAAGCGAGGAAGGAGAUUCCGUUACUUGGCUCAAGCGCGGGCUCGCGCGGUCAAGCCUUGGUCGAGACAGGCAUGGGUGUCGUGGCCGGGAGUAUGACCAUGAAGCCGCAAGAGUCCAAGCCUCGUGAAGGGAUGGAUAUGCAGGUGCCCCGAACGGCCUUUACAUUCACGACGCCGAAGCCACAGUCAGCGCAGAUCGGCACUGUUCGAUCACACACCUACCCUAGCUGGACGUCGCCUACCAACAACUCCUUGCCCGGUAUCACCAGCACUGGUACAAACUCAUACUCGGCGCCAGCGAUAGGAGCCGAAAUAUACUCGAAAGUGUCAUUGACGGGGAGUAGCAACUUUGGUGGCGAGGGGCAAGAUCUGCCGAUACCUACAACUCUACCGGCUUCCGUUCCUCUAUCGCUCAUAUCCGAAGAGCCAGGUUCGUCUGUGCGUUCGCCAUACACGUACGGGCCCUCCAGCUCGGCACCGCGGCAUUUGCCCAUGUCCUCGCUAGGUCCAGAUACCCAGGGCAGCAUGCACCGCUUCGUCGACGACGGUCGACCGUCUAAAGCAUCCCGACUCGGCAGUGGCCCAUCAACCGCGAGUGGAGGCUCGGUAGCGGGCACGGGGACCUCGCCAGAUUACCGUUACGGGUCUUUUGCUUCCGCGACCAGUGGAUCGGGAGACGUGAUGGCUACGACAUAUGGCACGGACGGUCCGGUUGGCGGAGCAGCUGCGCAGAGAGACGCGUAUUCCGGGCAGCAAGGGUGGAGGCAUCCCUCUGACGCCAAUGCGGUGCCAUACGGAGGUAGUGAUGCCCGGUCGUACGGGUCGUCCUAUGAUCAAUACAAGCCUAGGUCAGACGAGGGACAGCCCAAGUCUGAGCAUGGGCAGGGCAGUCAUCUCGAUGCAUAUAGCCAUAGGGGUUCCUUCGAUGGCACGGGCAACUAUUCGUGGGGGAACAACUGA